AACAUGCUGAGAGACAGAGUUCCUUUUCUUAAUACUCCACUUAAUUAGCUCUAAUUAAGUAGGACACUACUCUCAGCAGGAUAAAUGUGUAUACUGAAACUAAUGAUGUCGGUAUGUCCCUGGCUACACAGCAGAGAGGCAUCAGACCAAGUUCAUAAAGAACUAUUUUUGACCAAGAGGCCACAACCAACAUUAAUGUUGCUCUAACGCCAUUUCUCCAAGCAAUUGCUGUAUAUAUAUUCUUCUGGUCUCUUGGCUUCUUGCAUGCAGAGAAAGAGAGAUGCAAAUAUGAAGGGAUAACAGAAAAAGAAAUGAAGGUGAAUAUAGUAAUUGUCAUUCUUUUGUCACUCCUUUUGAUAACACAGUCUCUAAGUGAAGCCACAAAAGCUUUCGACAACAAUGGUAAAGAAGAAGAAGAAGAAAAGCGAAGAAGCAGCAAUAGAACAAGCAGAAGAAGCAGAGGCAAUGUUAGAAGCAGAAGUGGUAGCGGAAGCGGAAGCAGGAGCAGAAGCAGAAGCAGAAGCAGAAGCAGAGGCAGGAGUGGCAGCCGAAGUAGAUCAUCUACGUGCGAUCCAUUUUUCCAAUAUCUAUUUGAUAUUUGCGGCCAAUGGCCUUUCCCUACUUAUCCUUCACCGGACAAUCCUUUUAAUCCUACUCCAAGACCCUCCCCUCCUCCCCGGCGAAGGCCUCCACCCUCACCACCACCUAUUGUGCCUUCACCUCCUCCAAUCCCACUUGUCCCGUCUCCACCACCACCAAUAGUACAACCAUCUCCACCUCCUAUAAUUCCAUCACCGCCACCUCUAGUUACAUCUCCACCACCAGUUACAGUUCCAUCACCACCGCCACCAGUAAUAGUUCCAUCACCACCACCUCCUUGUCCACCACCACCAUCUCCACCACCGCCAUCUCCACCACCUCCAUCUCCACCACCACCACCAUUAGUUCCAUCUCCACCGCCUCCAUUGUUUCCAUCAACUCCUGAAAUACCACCACCAAUAAUAUUCCCAGCUCCACCACUAGUUCCUUCACCACCACCACCUGAAAUAAUUCCAUGGCUAUCACCUCCAGAUGGGUACCUUCCAGCACCAACACUAGUCCCCAUAUUCACUCCACCAACACAACCAGAUGAUCCACCAGAUCAGUUUAUACCGGCACCGCCAUUCGUGCCAAUCUUUUUUCCACCAACUGAACCAGACCCGGCACCAGGUGAUCAGUUUACACCUGCACCACCCUUAGUCCCCAUUUUUUAUCCACCACCGCAGCAAGAUUUGCCACCAGCAGAUGAGUUUACACCUGCACCACCACUAGUUCCCAUAUUUGAUCCACCACCACAACAAGAUUUGCCUCCUGCAGAUGAGUUUACACCGACACCAUUUCUACCACCAGUGGUAUCAUCACCACCACCAGUUCAAGAUUUGCCACCAUUGUUUCCCAUUAAUCUUUCUCCACCACCUGAUGAUCAGCCUCCCCAGUUUCCAUUCUUACCACCAGAACAGCCACCAUUUACAUUCACUCCGCCUGUCGUAUCAACCCCAACUGUUCCUGAUCUUUUUCUACCACCUCCUUUGGUGCCUGAAGUUCCUGAUAAUCCACAAGAACCAUUACCAUUUUCAUAUGCUCCACCAGCAGCUGAUCCUGUGUUUAACGAGCCAGGGCAGCCAUUGACACCAUCACUUCCUUUCGCGCCUCCAUUAAAGGACUGAAUGUUUCUUGUUUUGUAACUUUAUACAAGAAUCUGUGAAACACAAAAUAAGCAGAAAACAGAUUAUCAUCAUGUUGAUAUGUUAUUAUUAUUAAUUUUUGGUUUUAUAAAUUAAAUGCGACUUGUGCUGUUUUAA